UCCCGCUCGCUGAGAGAGGUAUCUCUCCUUUUCCCUCUCCCUUCCCCUAAGGUAGGCGUGAAGAGGGUAAGAGUCCGGGUGGGUGGCUGGGGGCUCUCUGCGUCUUUUCAGAGCCGGACGGCCGCCGUGGCUGAGGCUGUAGGGAGCUGGCACGCCGCUCCUGCUCUCUCCGGCUCGUCCGUUCUGCCUCCUUCGGCGCUGCGUAUGUGAGCCGCCCGAGCGGCGGCCGCCAUGUUAGGAGUGUAGUGGCGGCGCAGCCUGCCUCCUCGGGCGGCGGAGGUGAGCAGUUGUAGUGGAAGGUACGCAGCCAGGCAGCGGCCCGGGAUGCUGCGGGAGAGCCGAGGGGCCGGAGGUGUGCUUGUCCGCCGAGCGUCCUGCGCCCUAGACUCGCAGUGGGCGGGGGCGGGACGAGCCCGUUACACGCGGGCCGCGGCGCUGAGGAGGAGGGAGGAGCGUUCGAAGCCUGAGGGACCGACCGACCGUCCACUGGGGCCUGCCAUUUGAGGAGGAUAGUUAAAGCUAAGUAAAAGUCCGUGGGAGCGCAGGUCCCGUAUAGUGCGUUUGCCGUUUUUCCUCUGAAAAAGUACCCAAAAUGGAGGAUUUCGUAGGAUGUGAAAAGCUUGCGUGUUUUGACCAACGUUUCUUUCUCCGGCGUCAAAAUUCUGCCAUUCCUCAUCCACCGCCUUGUAUUGCCCCAUUCCCAAGACUCCCGCGUCCCUCGCCCGCGCGCGUUUUAGCCAGACAUCUGGAACAAUUCCUCCCCACCCCCACCCCCACCCCCACCCCCCCGCAGUUGCGUAAAAAUGGCCGAAAAUGAAACGUUAACGCUAGGAUUUUGAAUUGCGUCUUUGAGUUGUCUGCUGGUUCUCAGCUUGAAGAAGAUUCUACAGUCCUUAUUGAUCCUUUUUCUUGGCGUUACCAUUUUUGAAGCAAAGUUAACCUAGCUUUCUAGUUUGAGCUUUCUUUUUGGCCGUCUUUUAAAACAUUUUUUUUUUGAUCUAUAAAAUAGACAAGAGAUAGUUCUACAAUGUCCAAGUCAUUCCAGCAGUCAUCUCUCGGUAGGGAUUCACAGGGUCAUGGGCGUGACCUGUCUGCAGCAGGAAUAGGCCUUCUUGCUGCUGCUACCCAGUCUUUAAGUAUGCCAGCAUCUCUUGGAAGGAUGAACCAGGGUACUGCACGCCUUGCUAGCUUAAUGAAUCUUGGAAUGAGUUCUUCAUUGAAUCAACAAGGAGCUCAUAGUGCACUGUCUUCUGCUAGUACUUCUUCCCAUAAUUUGCAGUCUAUAUUUAACAUUGGAAGUAGAGGUCCACUCCCUUUGUCUUCUCAACACCGUGGAGAUACAGACCAGGCCAGUAAUAUUUUGGCCAGCUUUGGUCUGUCUGCUAGAGACUUAGAUGAACUGAGUCGUUAUCCAGAGGACAAGAUUACUCCUGAGAACUUGCCCCAAAUUCUUCUACAGCUUAAAAGGAGGAGAACUGAAGAAGGCCCUACAUUGAGUUAUGGUAGAGAUGGCAGAUCUGCUACACGGGAGCCACCAUACAGAGUACCUAGGGAUGAUUGGGAAGAAAAAAGGCAUUUUAGAAGAGAUAGUUUUGAUGAUCGUGGUCCUAGUCUCAACCCAGUGCUUGAUUAUGACCAUGGAAGUCGUUCUCAAGAAUCUGGUUAUUAUGACAGAAUGGAUUAUGAAGAUGACAGAUUAAGAGAUGGAGAAAGGUGUAGGGAUGAUUCUUUUUUUGGUGAGACCUCGCAUAACUAUCAUAAAUUUGACAGUGAGUAUGAGAGAAUGGGACGUGGUCCUGGCCCCUUACAAGAGAGAUCUCUCUUUGAGAAAAAGAGGGGCGCUCCUCCAAGUAGCAAUAUUGAAGACUUCCAUGGACUCUUACCGAAGGGUUAUCCCCAUCUGUGCUCUAUAUGUGAUUUGCCAGUUCAUUCUAAUAAGGAGUGGAGUCAACAUAUCAAUGGAGCAAGUCACAGUCGUCGAUGCCAGCUUCUUCUUGAAAUCUACCCAGAAUGGAAUCCUGACAAUGAUACUGGACACACAAUGGGUGAUCCAUUCAUGCUGCAGCAGUCAACAAACCCAGCACCGGGAAUUCUGGGACCGCCACCUCCUUCAUUUCAUCUUGGAGGACCAGCAGUUGGACCAAGAGGAAAUCUGGGUGCUGGUAAUGGGAACCUACAGGGACCAAGACACAUGCAAAAAGGCAGAGUGGAAACCAGCCGAGUUGUUCACAUUAUGGAUUUUCAGCGAGGAAAAAACUUGAGAUACCAGCUAUUACAACUGGUAGAACCAUUUGGAGUCAUUUCAAAUCAUCUGAUUCUAAAUAAAAUUAAUGAGGCAUUUAUUGAAAUGGCGACCACAGAAGAUGCUCAGGCUGCUGUGGAUUAUUAUACAACUACACCAGCAUUAGUGUUUGGCAAGCCAGUGAGAGUUCAUUUAUCCCAGAAGUAUAAGAGAAUAAAGAAACCUGAAGGAAAACCAGAUCAGAAGUUUGAUCAAAAGCAAGAACUUGGACGUGUGAUACAUCUCAGCAAUUUACCUCAUUCUGGCUAUUCUGACAGUGCUGUCCUCAAGCUUGCAGAGCCUUAUGGGAAAAUAAAAAAUUAUAUAUUGAUGAGGAUGAAAAGUCAGGCUUUUAUUGAGAUGGAAACCAGAGAAGAUGCAAUGGCAAUGGUUGACCACUGUCUAAAGAAGGCACUUUGGUUUCAGGGAAGAUGUGUUAAAGUUGACUUGUCUGAGAAAUAUAAAAAACUGGUGCUGAGGAUUCCUAACAGAGGCAUUGACUUACUGAAAAAAGAUAAAUCUCGGAAAAGAUCCUAUUCUCCAGAUGGAAAAGAAUCUCCAAGUGAUAAGAAGUCCAAAACUGAUGGUGCUCAGAAGACUGAGAAUCCAGCUGAGGGUAAAGAACAAGAAGAGAAGUCGGGUGAGGAUGGUGAGAAAGACACCAAGGAUGACCAGACAGAACAGGAGCCCAGUAUGCUUCUUGAAUCUGAAGAUGAAUUGCUUGUCGAUGAGGAAGAAGCUGCAGCACUACUAGAAAGUGGAAGCUCAGUGGGUGAUGAGACUGAUCUUGCUAAUUUAGGGGAUGUAUCUUCUGAUGGGAAAAAGGAGCCUUCAGAUAAAGCUGUGAAAAAAGAUGCAAGUGCAACAUCCAAGAAAAAACUUAAAAAGGUGGACAAGAUUGAGGAACUUGAUCAAGAAAAUGAAGCUGCAUUGGAAAAUGGGAUUAAAAAUGAGGAAAAUACAGAACCAGGUGCUGAAUCUGCUGAGAAUGCUGAUGAUCCAAACAAAGACGCAAGUGAUAAUUCAGAUGGCCAAAAUGAUGAGAACAAGGAGGACUAUACAAUUCCAGAUGAGUAUAGAAUUGGACCAUAUCAGCCUAAUGUUCCUGUUGGUAUAGACUAUGUGAUACCUAAAACAGGGUUUUACUGUAAGCUGUGUUCACUCUUUUAUACAAAUGAAGAAGUUGCAAAGAAUACUCAUUGCAGCAGCCUUCCUCAUUAUCAGAAAUUAAAGCUCUGGCUGUCCUGGAACUUGCUCUGUAGAAAAGUCUGUCGAACUACCUGCCUCAGCUUCUGGAGUGCUGGGAUUAAAAGCCUGCGAUACCACCACCUAUCACACAUUUAAAUGGAAGAGUCUCUUUGCACCCUAAAUUAGAUUUGACUAUAAAUACAAGUUCCCAGCUGCUGCCUCAGUUAUGAAUUGACCUCCUAUUUUAUAUGUGUGUCCCAGACUGGAAGUAUAGAGCUGUCUUAACAUUCUUGCCCAGCACGUGGGGUCCUCAAUACUAUUCCAAGAGUCCUUGGAUAUCUGUCUCCAGUCUUUGAAAGACACCUAAAUUGUAUUGUGAUGUCAUGUGAACCCGUGGAAAAGACUGCAGUUCAAACACUUACUAAUGUAAUGACCUAUGAGAUUAAACAUAACUCCUAAUUUUCUGGUGUUCAUAGGUAUCUUAACUCCUCUUUCAACAGCGGCUGAGUUGUAGAAAACCAAGCCAAACUGGAAAAACCAACUUUCAUUUUUACAAUAUUGUACUCAGGUCAUUACCUGAGUAAAACUCUUAGAAAAAAAAUGCUACAGAGUUACCACUUUAGUGACUCAAUGCUGACACACAUGCAUACAUUCAAAAAAAAUAUCAACUAACUGGAUAUGGGUGGCUUAGAAGGCUGACAUAUGGGGACCAUUACUUGAAAUUUAGUAAGCCACCUACCUACCAAGACCUUGUUUCCAAAAGAUGUGCUGAAUAAUAUAAUCCUCAAGUUAUUCAGAGAUGCUUACUGACUUCAGUGGUGGGUUCAAGGAUGUAUGGCACAACUUGCAGAGGAUAAAAAUAAUAACACUUAACACUCUUGUUCUUUUUGAAACAUGGUUUUUGGGGUAUUUUAUUUUGAGACAGAGUCCUUGGCUGGUCUGGAGCUCACUAUGUGGCUUCAGCUCACAGAACCUUCCUGUUUCUCCUGAGUACUGAGUUUAAAGGUAUGUUGACAAUUGCUAGCCAGGAGUUGGGGGGGCCGGGGGAGGGGUUGUGUGGCUCAGGCCAUUCAUAUGUAGCUGAGGAUGUUAAAACUGAUCUAAACUGAUCCUUCUGCUUCUACCCUCCCAAGUGUUGGUUUGUGCCACUAUGGCCAGUUUUAUUUAGUGCUUGAGAUUCAAACUCAGGGUUUAGAAUAUGGUAGACAGGGCUGGAGAGAUGGCUCAGGGGUUAAGAGCACUGACUGCUCUUCCAGAGGUCCUGAGUUUAAAUCCCAGCAACCACAUGGUGGCUCACAACCAUCUGUAAUGGGAUCCAAUGCCCUCUUCUGGUGUGUCUGAAGACAGCUGCAGUGUACUCAUAAAUAAAAAUAAAUCUCUUAAAGAAUAUGGUAGACAGAUAAUCAAAUAAGCUAAACCCACCCCCCCCCUUGCUAAUUUAAAACACAAUCUGUGGUGUAUAUCUGCCUCUGAGCGCUUGGAUUUUUAGACUCACCUGCUUAAAUUGGCUGCUUUUAUGAGAUUGGAGUUUUAACCCAGGCCCUUACAUGUCUUUGUCACACAUUGAACCACUAAGGUAUACCUCUGUCCCUAGUUUUUGCUUUGAGACAGGUCUCACUAAAUUGCCAAGUAGUCAUUAGUAACUGAUGAUCCUCUGAUCAUUGAGGUACAUUGAGCUAUAAUAAAGAGUGCAUGCUAAGCAAACACUUUAAAGAUAACUUCUAAGUUUUAGUUGUGUUGGGGUUAGCCAAAUGUGUGGUGUCUCGAGCCUAUAAUCUUAAAACUAAAGAGACCAGACACGUUUUCAGAGAAAAAACUGGGACUAUGGAGAUGACUCAGGGUUGUGACUAGGACCUACAUAGAGGCUUAUAACGACCUUUUAAAUCCAGUUCAAAUGUUCAGGCACCCACCCAGAACAAAUAUAUAGUUAUACACAUUUUUAUAGUAGCUCAAUUGUACAAUAUGUAAAAUUGUCUUGGUUUCUGUUGUUUCUACCUUGGACUUAUUUUCCAGGUUCCUCACCAAUACUCUGGUUUUAGGGCUCAAACCAACAACAAUCUGGCUUGUUUUCUGAGGGCCAAGAUUACAGUUGAACACCACUACUUUAGUCUGCACAUCAUUUCUACAGUAUCAGCAUCCUUUGGAUGAUCCUAACAAUCGUGUUCCUCUCCAAAAUAUAUGCCUGCUCAGCAGCACAACAAAGUCAAAUUUUCCAUUCAGUUGGGGAUAAUUGUGGGACUUCAGCUUAGUGGUUUUGUGCACUUGCUUUACAGAUGAAAGAUGAACAGAUUGGUAUGCACAUACCCCUAUCACCAAGGUUGGCCCAGGAUAAAAAUGCUAUCUAAAAAGUAAUGAAAACAAAAGAGCGUAGGGCAUUCUUACUGCAAAGAGAAUGUCUCUGGUGCUAAGUAAGACCUUGCAAACUUGGAGCUGGUUGCAACUGUUUACAAAACAAAGCCCACAGAAGUUUUUGGUUUCAAUGAAUACAAACGUGAUUUUCUUUUUUUCUUGAAAAUUUUUUUUAUGUUUCACGUAUGUGAGUACACAGACACACCAGAAAAGGGAUCAGAUUUCAUUACAGAUGGUAGUAAGCUACCAUGUGGCUGCUAAGAAUUGAAUUCAGGGCCUCUGGAAGAGCAGUCAGUGAUCCUAACACAUGGAAAGAUGUCUCCAGCCCCAAAUGUGGUUUCAUUUCUAAGUUAAUACUUCCUGUGUCAGAGAAAAGACAUUUAAUGGGGCUUGUAUGCCCUUAAAAAUAUACCCAGAUAAUUUUCACACACCUUUACCCUGCUUAGUUUUACUAGACAUAGAUCUUAACCAGUGGUGAUAGCAUGCAAAUGUGGCUAAGAACAUAUGGGCUACUACACGGAAGGGUGGUUAUAAGCUUAAAGGGUUUAGAGUGGGGUUGGAUUGGUUUGCUAUGGUAUAUAUGGAUCAAUUUGCUCUCCUACUUUAAUGUCCUGGGAGUGAAACUCGGUGUCAUAAAGUUCACACUGCAAGCAUUUUUACCCACUAAGACAUCUUGCUGACUUUUUCUUUAACUUUGGACAAAAUCUCUUGUCACAGAAGAUCUUGUAUUUCUGCUUCUAAGUGCUGGAAUUAUUACUGUUGUGGAAAUUCUUUUGUCUUUCCAAGUUUCCUGUCUUGGUUUUAAAGAGGCUCUGUAGGCUGCAUAGAAACUACCUGGUGGCAUUUUGCCAGUGUGUAAAUCGAAUGCUUGUAGAUCUACUGUAUGCCUUUUUGCAUAUGUCAGGAUCUCAGUAUGACAUUCGUGCAUAGUUAAGAGUGUGCGUUCACACGUGCGGAAGCGCACGCAUAGUCAUUAUUUGGAUGUUCCUUUUGGUGUAUAUACUUGAGGCCGCAUAUACAUACAUACAUACCUUAGUUCCCAGCUCUCGUAUUCACAGAAUCACAUCAGUCUGGUGGGAUUAGCAGAUGAAGAGCCAUACAUGCCUCAGAGAAAUCAAUCAACCGUACUAGAAAAACCCGAGGUAGGUCUUUGCAGAGCACCUGGAAAGCCUUUGGUCCUGGAAGAACUGCAUGACACACACCAGACUUUUGGAAUCGUGUUUUCUCUGGCGCCCUCUAGUAGCCUAGCCAGGAAGCAAAGACAGAAUGGGUGGGCGGGGCUGGCCGUGACGGAAGUGAAGUCACUUCCGGGCAGGGGUGUUUGUUUGGACUGGAGAAGGGAGGCGGCGGGCAAAGCGCACGUCGAGCGGGGGAGCGGCGCUGCCUGUGGAGAUCCGCGGAGGCCGACAGGAUUCGUUGGCUACCGUCCCCGCUGCCGUGCACUGGGUGAGGGGUCCCGUCAGACGGACCGUCGUGAGGGUGUGGCGAACCCGGUGGUCGAGAGGCCGCACUCCGAGAAGGCCGAAGGGAUUAAAAGGGUCGCCUAGGCUGUGGGCCUUCGAGCCGGGUUUGACCUCGGUUGUUCUGGCCCAUUUCCGCCGAUUUUGAGGGAUGAGCUCGGGCAGGCUACAUCUAUCUCCGAAAUGGCCGUCGCUCAUUUUUCUCAUUUCAUUAUGAUUUCGAUUGCACAGUCAGCCUUCUAUCCGGGUCUUUUGUGGCGCGCGAGUGUUGCCGGGAUAGCACUUUCUUGCGUUCCUCAGUCAGUCCUUUUUUUUUUACCCUGUUCGGUGCCUUUUCCCCUGCUCCCCGUUUCCCCCCGGCCUCCCCUUUGCCACUUGGGCAACAAAGCUCAUUGUUUCU